GACAUUGGUGAUGUCCUGUUUUGAAAAGGCAGAGGGAGCCCGGCAUACCUCCAUUGCGUUUACCACAGAGACUAUGGCGAUACUCCAGUAUCCCCCUGAUGUGGUGGCUAAAGUGUUCUUUGAAACAAUCGUCAAAUUUGCAGAAAAAAAUCCAGAUCAUCUUCAGAAAGUUGUUCUCGUUGCUCUCCCUUCUGCAAAAGCUUUUAUUAAGGCAUUUGAUAAAGAGCGCAUGAAGCAUGUAUUUGAAUCAAACAUACAACUCAAUUCAGCAAUGGACGAAACUCCUCUUCAUUUUCCUCGAAAGCGGACAUAUCGUCGGAUACGAAGAUCUGGGGUGUCCUAUGUCGUUGGUGAUCUCGUCAAGCAGAAUGUUGAUGUCAUCGUGAAUUCCAUCGGGAAUGGAUUAAAUCUCAGCAGAGGACCAAUAAGCAAGAUAAUACUAGAAGCGGCUGGGCCAAGUAUUCAGGAGGAAUGCCAAACGAAAUACCCGCAUGGGAUCGAAAGCUGGGGUGUGGCUGUCACAAGUGGAGGAAAUAUAAACUGCAAGCAGAUUUAUCACAUAAGCCUCGUUCGUUCCGAGUGGUCAUCCGUUAAACAGAAAUACAAAGACAUCAUCAACUGUUUGUUGGAAAAAGCUGACUCUACAGGCCACACGUCAAUAGCAUUUCCCGUUCUGGGAACUGGCCUGAUCCAGUACCCAAGUGAUCAAGUGGCAAAAAGCCUCUUUGAAACAGCCAUGGCAUUUCAUGGAAAUCAUUUAAAAACCAUCCUUUUUGUUGUGCACCCAAAAGAUUUUGCUAAUCGAAAGGCAUUUGAAAAGGAAGAACUAAAUCAUAUUCAGUUGGAGGAACAUGUUCUAGUUGAAGUUAUAAGGAGAGGUGCAGCGUGCAGCAUUGGCUUGGUGAAAGGUGACAUUGCAAAUCAAAAUGUGGAUGUCAUUAUUAACUCAACAAGUCCAAAACUCGACUCCACGGGUGGAUCAGUAACAAGAGCUGGCGGCCAUACCCUUCUACAGGAAUGUAAAACAAAGUAUCCAAAUGGAAUUAAAUCUGGCGAAAUUGCUGUGACUGGAGGGGGAGAUCUUAACUGCAAGAAUGUUUACCACAUUACACUGGACAAGUGGUCCCCAGAUGAAAAAACUGUUAAUGCCUUUAGAGAACAAAUUGACAACUGUUUCUUGAAAGCUGCUUCUGAUGGUGUCACAAGUGUGGCAUUUCCAGUACUUGGGACAGGAGCAGAGAAAUACCCAGCAGACGUUGUGUCCAAAGUUAUCUUUGAAAGCUUCGACGAUUUCAACAACAACAACCGAAACACAUCACUUCAAGAUGUCAGGGUGGUCAUAGAACCAGGUGAUACAGAAAACUGGAGAGUGUUUACAGAUGUCGAACAACUGCAAGUCCCUCGUCGACAGCGAGAAUGUUCAUACCCUUUACGUCAUGGAGCUGACUUUGCAACAACAGGACUUUUUGACCACCACGAUAUGUUUGACGAGUUGUUGACAGCACCAUCUGAAAACCAGACUGAGAAGACCCGUCAGAGCUGGAAUGACAUGAGCAAAGACGAAUUCUUCAAGCUGAUUCAGCUUCCACCUCAGACUGAAGAAUCAAAAUCUGUGGAACAAAAUUUCAAAGCUACUCUCUCAUCAGAUGUUGAUAUCAUAAAGAUUGAACGCGUUCAGAACAAGACCCUGUUUGAUCAAUAUUGUAUAAUGAAACGUCGUUUCGACGAGAAAAACCCAACACUGCAAAACGAGCGAAAACUUUGGCAUGGGACAUCGUCUGACUCUACCAAUAGCAUAAACACAUGUGGAUUUAACAGAAGCUAUUGUGGCAAGAAUGCAACUGUAUAUGGCAAUGGGGCGUACUUUGCUACUAAUUCAUCCUACUCUGCAGAUGACACAUAUUCGCCGCACGACAGCGAGGGAUACAAGUAUGUCUACCAGGCGUUGGUGCUGACUGGCGAUUACACAGAAGGCAGUUCUGGUAUCAGGGUUCCCCCACAGAAGCCUGGCUCGGCGUCCCAUGUUAGAUUUGACUCAGUCGUUGACAGAAAACAAAACCCUAACAUGUUUGUCAUUUUCAAUGAUACACAAGCUUAUCCAGAAUACCUUAUAACAUUCAAACAAGAUCCGAGACAGCAUACUGUGCCGUCUAUAAAUGUCAUGCAAAAUGCCGAUCCAUUUCUACAAGCAAUAUCAGCUAGAGUGGCUGGCCAAAUGAGCACUUCGUGGUUGCAGAAAUGGUUCUAAAACUGAAAGAAUCGGAAUGUAUCAUUACAGUUAAACAAUAGUCAUAUGCACGGUUUGAACCGAACUGACCAUCGUAUAAGAGAGUGGAUCGGAUGUAAUUAUUAUUAUUUUUUUAAUAAUAAUUAAAAUUACAAAAUUAAAACUAAAUUAAAAACAAAACGAAAAUGCACAAACCGAAAAGAACCAGCAAAACAAACAUACUAUUUAGAAUAAUUAUAAAGCCAUUGUAAGAAUACACACCAAAGUGUACAUAUGAGUUUACAUGAGACGCCGGGGCCGUAACAAUCAUAUAAAGCCAGUUAUUUACGCAACAUUUAAUGUUUUUUUCUUACCACCACAAAUGAUUGUUGAAUAUCAGUUUUAGUCAUUUAGCACUGUGAUACAAUCUGAACUUACCCGUCAUAUUGUGGAUGGGCAAGUUGAUGAACAAGACGUGUGUGUGUGUCUCUCUCUCUCUCUCUCUCUCUCUCUCUCUCUCUCUCUCUCUCUCUCUCUCUCUCUCUCUCUCUCUCUCUCUCUGUGUGUGUGUGUGUGUGUGUGUGUGUGUGUCUGUAUUGUAUAAAUUGUGUGUGUAUGACGUAAAAAAAAAAUUUAUUAAAUGAGAGUGCUCUUCCUUGCACGGGUACUCUAGUCCUGUGAUCGGAUUUGAGUCCUACUAGACUCAGCCCGUGCUCGAGAACUCGUUUCACAUAGUAGAUUCGAUCUGAUCUGAAGGGCUGCAAAAAUUAUCGUCAAUUAAUUAUGUUAAAGAAUUUCCAGCUUCUGAAUCCUUGUGUGUAUUAUUUUUUGCUCUUUUAUCUGUCAAUUUUAAGUGUGUUUUCUUUCCUUUUCCUUUUUUUUUGCGCGUGCGCGCGCGUGUGUUUUGUUGUGUGUUUUGUUUAUUUUUUGUUUAUUAUUUUAUUCAAAUCCUUUAUACUAUUUUGCAUUAUACCUAUGUUUUUUUACUUAAUAUUUUGGGUUGUACUAAAUCCUGCAUUAUUAUAACAAAUGAACAUGUUUGUCCCGUUCCUCGUAUGCCGUGCGUUGUAGCCUGAAAAUAAUAUUGUUCUGUUCUGCACCAGGGCAUCAUUUUACGAAGUGAUCUUAUGCGCUUAAGGCGAUCUUAGCGCUAAGAUCGCUUCGUAGAACAUGGCCCAGUUCUGUGUUUUUGACAGGCAGUCUUAAUAUGUUUGUUUCUUUAGCUAAAUCAAAUUAUAUAAAAUAAAACACAAAUAAUCUCCUGGGAAAUUAAUUGUGACAUAUAUGCACCAAGUUCAGCUUUCGUAUUUCAGUGUCACAAAUGUGUAUGGAUAGGAUAUAUAUGUAUAUGUAUGUGUGUGUGAAUGUGCGAUUAUUAUGUGUGGUAGUAUGAUUGCCAUCGUUAUGAUGUUGUGACGUUGUAAUGUCUUGAUGUAUUGAUAUUGUGAUGUGGAAACCCGAGACAGACUACCUUCAGUAGAAGGGACUGGAUGUCGGAUAACGACUUAAGGACGUAUGGUAUACUACGUAGUUUAGGAUGCAGGGAUUUGGUGUCUAGUGAAUACUCGAGAGGAACAAAUGAGGACGGAAAGUCAUAAAGAAGACUGUUCCAGUGGGAAUUUAAUUAACAGUUGUGUUUUAUAUAAACAAACGAGAUAUCAUUGAAUAUUGGAUUAACUUUGUAAUCCUAUUAAAGAUGCGUUGUUGUGUAUUUUGUAUUGUUUUUCUAUUGUUAUUAAAAGUUGUAUGUUAAA